AUGGAUGUAUAUACCCAUUUCGAAGAUUUAUCAAAUGAAAUAUUAUUCGAAAUAUUUGAUUAUUUACAUGCACUUGAGAUUUUUACUAGUUUUACUUUAUUGAAUAGAAGAAUUUCAUCUAUCUUACAACCAAUUCCACUUCGUAUUGUUAUUUUAAAAAAACAUUGUCGUCGUCAAGUUGAUUUUCUUUCUUCACAUCUUACUUUUCAUGAUCAUCAAGUUGUAUCAAUAAAAACUUUUGAUACAAUUCGUGAUGAUUCAUCUAUUAUUAGUUUAUUAUUUAAUCGACACAAUUUUAUUAAUCUUAAAUCAUGUAGUUUCUUUACAAUUAAUUCAUUAACUAGACUUGAGAAUGUUAUUAAACAAAUUAAAAAUCUUAAUCAACUUGCUUCAUUUAGUAUUGACCAACCAAAUAAUAAGAAUUUAAAUGAAAAUUAUAAAUAUGAUUUGACUCGAAUUAUAUUAUUGAAUAAAUUAUCUUCACUUCGUUCAGUUGUACUUCUAUAUCCUAAUGAUUACUUAGAUAUAUCAAAUUAUACUUCAAUAGUUUCAAAUCUUAUAUCACUUAAAUUAUGGAUUUCUGGUUCACCUUCAACUGUAUCGGUUUAUUCAAUUUUAUUAAUUCUUCGUCUUUGUCACAGAAUACAAUAUCUAAGCAUAAUAAUAGAACAAAAAAUAGAUGAAUCUGAAAAUAAUAAUAUGAAUGUUUCAAUUGAAGCACCACCUAUGAAUGAUAAUGAUCGUCCUAUAUUAUCACAAGUGAUAUCUUUCGAGUUAGCAAUUAUUGCUAUGUGUGACAAUCAUUCAAUUGGUUAUAUUUUACGUUGUAUGCCUAAUAUUAAGCAUUUUUAUUUUCACCUUGCAGUACGAAGUGCAGAAUGGCCGUUUCCUGGUGAGUUGCUCGAUGGAUAUGUAUGGCAACAAAUGUUAGAACUUCAUCUACCAUAUUUAUCUAAAUUUGAAUUUCAUAUGUCAAUUGUCAAAAUAUUUCCAAUAUUAGAUUUAGACAUUAUUGUUAAUUCAUUUGAAUAUUUUGUUAGAAAAUAUUCUAAUUGGCACAUGAUUAUUGAUCGAUGGAUACUUGAUUGUCAAUACCAAGAAGAAUUUGUCAUGUUACGCACAUUGAAUUAUCACAAACAUAAAUCAACAAUAGCUACAUAUAUUCCUUGUAUUUAUUGUGGAUCAUUUGAUACACGAUCCACAACAGCAAUGAUAGAUGAUCAUUAUUCUUUUUAUUCUAAUAUAAGACAUUUAAAAAUAGUUAUGACAGAAAAAAGACCAAAUGUUACUUGGUCUUCUCCUUUAUUUCAACAAAUCACUUAUCUCCUUGUAGAAAUACCAAUAAUAAAUUCAUCAUGGUGGAACAAUUUAUUCAGUAUUGUUAAUUUUCGUGCAACAAAUGAUGAUAAUGAUGCACAACACGUUGUUAUUGAUCUUUCGAAUUUUGUUUAUUUAUCCAAUGUAAUUCAAUUAGAAUUUCGAUCAACGUUUCCAGUGUCUCGGUGGAAAGAUAUUCAAUUUAUUCUACAAGCAUGUUCAAAUGUGAUUAAUCUUAUAAUUAAUACUUCAUUAUUACUUUUAUCAAAACUAAUCGAUAAUUCAUUUCUUAUUCGAAUCUUCAAACAAAUUAAAAUGGUUAAAUCAAUAACAGAAAAUUUUUUUUUUCCUUCAAAUUUUGCAUUAAAAUUUGUUCAACGUUUUCCAUCACUUAGUCAUAUUGAACUUCAAGUAUUUUCAUUUGAUAAUUGUGUAUAUAUUAUUGAUAUAUUUCUUACUCAUCUGGAACAUUUGUCUUAUCUUAAAAUCUAUUAUAAUCAAGAUACAUUACUGGAUAAUCCUUUUUCAUAUGAUUAUAUUAUUAGAAAACGUCGUCAAAUGUUUCCCAAUAAUAUUUUCAAUGAACAAAUGAUCAAUGUUAAAAAUAAUGGAGAUGUUAUAGAAAUUUGGUUAUCAUGA